CGCUCGGGGCGGUGCUGGGCGGGCGGGCGCUGGGCCCGCCCCGCCGGCAUCCCUGGCCCGACUUCCUCCUGCCGCGGGCGGCCGACCCAGCUGGAGGAAGCGGCGGCGGCGGCGGCCACGAUGAGCGCGGGCGACGCCGUGUGCACGGGCUGGCUCGUCAAGUCGCCCCCCGAGAGGAAGCUACAGCGCUACGCCUGGCGCAAGCGCUGGUUUGUCCUGCGGCGCGGCCGCAUGAGCGGCAACCCCGAUGUCUUGGAGUACUACAGGAACAAGCGCUCAAGCAAGCCCAUCCGUGUGAUAGACCUCAGCGAGUGUGCAGUGUGCAAGCAUGCGGGUCCUGGCUUUGUUCGCAAGGAGUUUCAGAAUAAUUUUGUGUUCAUUGUCAAGACUACUUCUCGUACAUUCUAUCUGGUGGCCAAGACUGAGGAGGAAAUGCAGGUGUGGGUGCACAGCAUCAGUCAGGUCUGCAACUUCAGCCACCUGGAGGACGGUGCAGCAGAUUCCGUGGAGAGCCUCUCUUGCAUGCCCUCCUCCCUCCAGCCGUCUCCUGCCAGCUCGCUUCACACGGCCUAUGCUGUCAGCUCCUCUUUGCCAAAAGAUGACCCAAGCACUAGUACUGUAGCCACUGAGGAAACCAGAAGUGAGUCAGAGUUUCUCUUCCUUCCUGAUUAUCUGAUUUUGUCCAACUGUGAGACUGGAAGACUGCACCAUGCCAGUCUACCCACCAGGUGUGAUAGCUGGUCAAACUCAGACCGUUCAUUGGAACAGACUUCAUUCGAUGACGUUUUUGUCGACUGUCUACAGCCGCUGCCCUCUAGUAACUUGGUCCACCCCUCAUGCCAUGGGAAUGGAUCUCAGGAGGCGCCUUCCACAAGGCCUCACGCUGCCCUAAUGUGGAGUAGAGAUAUAAAUGGGCCAUCCAGGGACCACUUUUCUUCACCAUUGCUGGAAACUUCCUUAAAUCCCACCAUUCAGGUAGAUAAAAACCAAAGUUCCUUGCCCUAUGGAGUAAAAGAAGUAGACAUUAUGUCCAACACACCACCUCCCCGCCCCCCUAAGCCAAGCCAUCUCUCUGAACGGCGCCAAGAGGAGCAGCUCCUGUGGAGUGGGCACAGCAGCAUCAAGAAGCCAGACUGCACUAUGGUACCAAGAAGAAUCUCCCUCUCUGGUUUAGAUCACAUGAGAACCUGGAAAGCUGAUGUAGAAGGCCAAUCCUUAAGACACCGAGACAAGCGGCUUAGUUUAAAUUUGCCAUGCAGAUUCUCCCCAAUGUACCCCACAGCUUCAGCCAGUGCCGAAGACAGCUACGUGCCCAUGGGCCCCCAGGCCAUUGCCUCUGGUCUUGCAACCCACUGCAGCCCAGAUGAGUACAUCCCAAUGAGCUCAGGAAGCAUCUCAAGCCCACUGCCUGAGCUACCUGCAGACCUGGAGCCUCCCCCAGUGAACAGAGAUCUCAAGCCUCAGAGGAAACCACGGCCACCUCCCCUGGACCUGAGAAACCUCUCCACCAUCCGGGAACACGCAUCGCUAACCAGGACUCACACUGUGCCGUGCAAUCGAACCAGCUUUCUCUCUCCAGAAAGAAAUGGUAUUAAUUCUGCAAGAUUUUUUGCCAAUUCUGCUUCCAGAGAAGAGGAAGAAAGCUACAUCCAAAUGCAGGAGCACAGAGCAGCCAACUCCCUGAGCAGUGGUGCUCUGACGUGGACGAAGAAAUUCAGCCUGGAUUAUUUAGCCCUGGACUUCAAUUCAGCAUCACCAGCCCCUGUACAGCAGAAACUUCUCCUUUCAGAAGAACAAAGAGUAGACUAUGUCCAAGUGGAUGAGCAGAAGACGCAAGCUCUCCAGAGCACAAAGCAGGAGUGGACGGAUGAGAGACAAUCUAAAGUGUGAGAGAUGUGGGCUUGGGCUGUGUGUGAGAUUGGGAAGCUUGGGGCUUGCUUUGAGUUUUUUGCUAGAAUUGCACUGAUGGUCAACGCCGGUCAAGAUUCAGAGAGAAUGUGUAAUUUCUGUGGGCUUGGCAAGAAUCUUUGGGAGAGAGGAUCUAUUUGUACACAUUGAACAGGGAGAAGAAGGAAGCAGUCUUCUCGCAGAGGAGGCUCUGAGGGAGUCCAGGCCCUGCCACUGCCCCCACCUGUCAUAGCAGUUUCCUUCUCUGGCCACACUUGCUCAUGCCCAGAGCCUCAUGGAUGCUUGGAGUUGGCUCCACAGUCACAAGAGGCAGAGACGGAGGAUUCCACAGCCAUGGACUGAGAUGUAGAAAACCCCAUUCAUUCAGGCAGAGUUGGAACAAUAAAAACAAGACUUGGGAGAAUAUUUUUCCCAGAGUUUGGUUAAAAAUCUCUACAGUGAAGCAUUCAUAGUGCAGAUUGGAGUCAGUAUUACUACUGACAGGAUGACAUCUUUUGACUCCAAUACCUGAAAUUCUGACCUCUCUCUUGUGCUUCCUUUGGAAUCAUAAAUUAUCCCAGCAGAGAGGCGCCUGGAGACCAUCCUGUCC